CUCAUUUUCCUCUUUGGUGGUGAGACAUCGACAUGAGCGCUUCCUGGGGUUCCCCGCAGUGCUUCUGGCUGCUGGCGCUGGCCGCCGUGGUGGUGCAGACCCUCACCCUGGUGCUCAGCGUGGUCUUCUUCAACAGGGUCCUCCACACGAUGCAGGGCAGUUUCUCAGGAGGGAGCACAGCGUGCUUGACCGACGCCAAUCUCGAUUUCCCGUCCAACCAGAUCAAGAGUGACCCCUGCUGGCAAGUCGUGCAACAACUCCGCAACCGCAUUGAGAAGGCAAUGGCUGCGAGAUUAGAGAAGGAGAUCAAUUCCAGCGUGACAAAUACACUGACAAGCGUCCACCCUUUCCUUCCCGACGGUCACGUCCAUCCCGACGUGGCGGGCCACGUGGCUGCCACUUCUUCGUCUUCCUCGCCACCACAAGAUGGCGCGACGAGGCGCAGAGGUUACCUGGGCGAGCGCGUCACGGCCUGGGAAGGAAGCCGAGGGGAGUCCUUCUUGCGCAACGUGGAGCUGAGAGGAGGAGAGCUGCUGGUGCCUCGGGCCGGCCUCUACUACAUCUACGCGCAGACGUACUUUAGGCUCUCCUCCACUUGGAGCAGGGACCAGGAGGACGACUCCGAUCACGACCCGGAGCACGAUCAGGAGCAGGAAGCGGCUCAGCUCGUCCAGUAUAUUUAUAAAAAGAUGAGCUCCUACACGGUUCCCAUCCUGCUCAUGAAGUCUUCGCGGAGCGCCUGCUGGCCGCGCGGCCGAGAGCCCGGAAUGUUCUCCCUCAACCAGGCCGGCACGGCCUUCUUGCAGCCCGACGACCGCCUCUUCGUCACCGUCAGCAACGCCAGCGCCGUGGAGGCGGAUGGCAGGGCCACCUACUUUGGGACCUUCCUGGUGGGCUAGACUCACACUCUGGACUUCGGGAACCCUCAGCCUCCAUCCGGGAUUGACUUUCUCAAGUCACACCGCCAGAAAACGAGCCAUUCACGUGUGCAAUUAACAGACGCUGUGCUAAAAAUGUGCUCGUAAGCGAAUCGGCCGUAAGGACUCCCCCCGCUGGUGGAAAAUGGAACUGCUGCACUGCGUCCACUAGCAUGAUGGCGAGCAGGGCACGAGCUAAUGCUAAUACAUGCAAACGUAAAAGUGGUAUCUUAAUUUACGCAUGCCACAACUUUCGAUUUUUUUCAGGAUACAAGCUGUCACUUGGGCGAUUGCAAAAAAAAAUGGUUGCGAGUAAAAAUGUUAUUUACGCUUCGGCCACCGCAACACGAAAUGGCGACAGUAAAUGUCACAACAUACGGCCAUCAUUAAUUGUAAGCGGGAAACUUUUUUUUCUAUUAAGUGUUCGCAUUUUCUUUUACAUCUAACUUUGGAGGUAGCUUUGCAAGCUAACAAAAGAAUCUUAACAGACGAUAAAAUGGAUGCCAACACCAGAAAGCUGAAAUUUGAGGCAACACUGAAGCAUGUUGAAGCACUUUAGUUUUUUUGAUGAUGAAUAAAUUACAAUCAAUUAUAGGUAA